AUGACCGGGUUCGGCGGCGCGGUCCUGGAGGGCGUGCUCACAUUCCUGCUGGUGUACACGGUGCACGUGGUCGGCGAGACUCGCCUGAGCGGCACCGACAAGCGGGGGUUCGCGGCCACGGCGCUGGGGGCGCUGGCGGUCGGGCUCACGGAGGGCGUGCUGUCGGCGGGCGCGUCCAUGAACCCGGCCCGCUCGUUCGGGGCGGCCGUCGUCAGCGGCCACUUCAAGAACCAGGCCGUGUACUGGGCUGGCCCGAUGGUCGGCGCGGCCGUCGCGGCGCUAGUGUACCAGAUCCUGGCGUGCCCGAACGUGGCCGAGUCGCCGCGGCACGGCAACGUGGAGGCGGUGGUCGUCUGA